UAGCAUAAUGUCUUCCUAUGCAGAAUAAAUACAGUGAUGCUUCCCUCCUGAUACUGACUGUACCGCCAAGCUUGAUAAACGACAACAUUGAAAGGCUGCCAUAAAACAAACGAGAUGAAUUCCUCAAGAAGAAGCGAAAGUGAUUGGCAGGGUUUGGUCAGCGAGGACUCGAGGCUCACCAAAGACAUUUACAAAGACUGGCUUGUUAAAGAUCCGCGGGACAUCCAUAUGGCCCGAUGAAGAGCCUACAGCAAAUCAAUAAAAGUGCACGCCAUGGGCGAAGCAGCUAUGACGAGCCAUGCUGCUGGAACAUCACACAUGACGGCACUGCACAAGUUAAAAGCAGUUCCCACUCUAUUGAACUAAGUGGAAAAGUCAUCGUCAUCUACAUCACCACCUAGACAAUCUUCUACAACUACUACCACAUUCACCACCUCCUCAAGACAGUCCGUCAUAACUUCCCAAAGAGGACACAUUGUGGGCUGAGACAUUGUGGUGUCUGAAUAUGAUGAAGUCUCACUACUCUUUCCACUCUAGUGAACGCACGGGUGUGCUGUUCUUAGUGAUGUUCCCAGACAGUGCAGUAGCCAAGACCUUCGCAUGCGGGGCAACAAAGACCAGCUAUGUGUGCACAGAUGGCUUGGCUCUUCAUUUCAGGCAUUUGUUGUCUAAAAAACUGUCUGCUGGGGGGAGGACUAUGUUUUUCUCUUUGAUGAGAGCCUUAACAGAAAAACAGUCAAAGCAGUGUGACUCACGCCUGUUUAUGGGAUAAGGACAAAGUCGUGACAAGAAUUUAUGAUUCUAAAUCCAUGGGACAUGCGACUGCUUUGGACCUUAAAGCUGUCUAUGAGAAGAGCACCGAAGAUCUACCAAAGAAAAACAUGCUUCAGAUCUCCAUGGGUGGACCAAAUUUCCUGGUGUGUAAGCGCAAGUUGGAGAGCAAGAAGGAGGCCCUCCUGAUUCUGUCCAAGGAGCUGGAUACCUGUCAACAGGAGAGAGACCAAUACCAGCUGAUGGCCAACCAGCUCCGAGAACGCCACCAGGGACUCAAGAAGAAGUACAGGGAACUCAUAGAUGGAGACUCCAGUCUACCACCUGAAAAAAGAAAUCAAUUGAAUUUGGCCCAGCUGUUGAGAGACUCCAGAGAAAGGAGUAAGCAGCUGUCUGAAGAGGUGAAGGAGCUGAGUCAACGACUGGCUGAGGCCCAGGGGGAUAACAAGCUCCUGCGUAUGACCAUAGCCAGACAGAGGUUGGGGGAUGAAGAGGUGGGGGCAAGGCACUUCCAGGCCUAUGAGCGGGAGGACCUGGUCCAGCAGUUGGAGACGGCACGAGAGCAGAAUGAGGAGCUGGAGCACAGUGUGAAAUCUCUGACUGACGAGCUGCAGGAUGUGAGGGCAGAGCGUAACGUGUUCCAGGAAAAGGCCCAGCGGCUGAACCACGAGGUGAACCACAUCUUGGGGGGACACGAGUGUCGGAUUCUAGACGUAGAUGCACUCUGCAUGGAGAACAGAUAUUUACACGAGAGGUUCAAACAACUGCAGGAGGAGGUCACCAUGCUCAAAAUGAAUGUCAUGAAGUACAAGAGUGCUCUGGAGAGCAGGAAGAACUCCAAGACUUAUGGCAAAGCUAACAGCAGUGCACUCACCGGGGUGCUCUCUGCCAAACAAGUGCAGGAAUUAUUGCUUUCUGAGGACAACGGAUGCAGUCUCCCCGUCACGUCUCAGUCUAUCUCAGACCUCAAGUCCCUGGCCACAGCCCUACUGGAAACUAUCCAUGAGAAGAACCUGGUCAUUCAGCACCAGCGCCAAACCAACAAGAUUCUGGGAAACCGAGUAGGGGAGCUUGAAAAGAAACUGAAGACUCUAGAGGUGUCGGGACUAUGGAGCCUCCCAGGCCUGACUUACAAUGUGUCUGUGGGAUUCUCUGGAAGAGGGAGAGAUGCCAUCAUCCUGAAUGAAACUCUGCAGCCUAUCUCCACUGUGACAAGCUCUGAGGAGAAGGAAGUACCCCCUACUGAGCACGAAGUACCCCCUACUGAGCACGAAGUAUCCCCUACUGAGCACGAAGUAUCCCCUACUGAGCACGAAGUACCCCCUACUGAGCACGAAGUACCCCCUACUGAGCACGAAGUACCCCCUACUGAGCACGAAGUACCCCCUACUGAGCACGAAGUACCCCCUACUGAGCACGAAGUACCUUCCACUGUGCAGUCUACCACAGAGCAGAGGAUGACAAGGUAGCCAAUGACAGGCAGACCCCCCGUCCCGUCCCAAGACAUGUGGGGGGGUUACCCAGUGUGACGGGGGAUACAGAGAUAAGCACCAAGGAGCCAGAGCCACUAGUGUCACCAGUCAGCCUGGACACAUCCAAGCAAAACUAGACAGGCAAAACUGCUGAGGAAGUAACUGACUGUUCUCAAGCAGAGACAAUAAACCUGGAUGAAUGUCAGACUGUCGACCAAUCACAAAGUGCAAAUGAGGUCACGGUGCUUCCAAGGUACCAAUUAGACGAGACUGUAGACAGGACUCCAUCCCCUUCCUCAGGGCCAGACUUGGACAUGUCCUGCCCUGUAAGACAUAUGCCACCUAUCAAAGCCUCUAAAGGACACAAAACCCACCCAGAGAGAGGCGAGUUGGUCAGAUGACGACAUCUUAAGGGUGAGGUCUGAGGAGAUUGACAUGGCAGAGGGCUCUAUGACAGAAGACCCCAAUCUUCCAUCCUCAACAUCAACCUGCAGCUCUCCUAUUCAAACAAGUCCCACCCACGGGGAGAAUAACCAAUCGCACCACAAGGCAGAACAUUCAGAAGAUGUGAGGGUCGAGUGCUUAACGAAUGAGUCAGAAAUCCUUCACUUGAACAGUAGCCACUCAAAUGCUGAAUGUUCAGAAUGGGAAAACGGUGAAGAAUGACAGCUACUUCAGCCAAAACCAUGCCUAGAUUGACACUAAUAGAAUGGGUUUCAAUACUCCUGAGGGUGCAUUCUGUAAGAUGUCGUACUGCUUACUGGUGAUUCCAAGCUCACAACAUUUCUGAAAGAGAUAUUACUCUGCUACUGUUGCUCUAAUGUGGAAUUGAACCCUGCGGCCCUUCUAUUCAGUGGUUGAAGCUGGCCUGGACUGACCAGUACAGAGAACCUACUAGCUCCUCAUAUGUUCUACUGCUUGAGUACUGGCAACUCUUAUAGAAUACCGUCUCUAAAAUGCAAACCUUGUCUAGUUAGCUCAAAUUUUAAAGUGCGUGCCAGCACUUUUUUCAAUGCUCCUCAGAAUUCUAUUGAUAACAUUUCUAAUAGUGUCACUGAAAUCUUAUGGAUUGCACCCACCCAGCUCUUUCCAUCAGUUGUUGGAGGGGAGAGGAAUAGUUAUUUAAAGGCCCAAUGCAGUAGUUUUAUAUCAAUAUCAAAUUAUUUAUGGAAAACAAUUAAUUACCUUACUAUAAUAGCUUUCCAUUAAAAUGUCAAAAUAAUGAUUUUUUUGUUGUUGCAAAAAAACGGUUCCUCAAGCAAGAAUUUUGCUAGGACUGUCUGUGAGUGGGGAGGGGAAAACUGAAAUCUAGCUGUUAUUGGCAGUGAUGUUUGUAACUCUUUGGUCUAUUAACCAAUUUACAGCAUGGGGACGUCACCAUGGAAAGCUGAAACUCCCGCCCAUGCAAACCUGCUGAUUUAUAAGGUCCUGUGUAAAAUUUAUUUUCAACCAGCAACUUUCAGGAAAUAACACUGAUCAAAUGUUUUCACAUUUUUACAGUGUUAAUUUCAUCAGCUGUUGUACAAUGUGAUAUAAAGAAAAAAAAAUUAAUUGCAUUUUGACUGCACUGGGCUUUAACAGUAUUGGAACAUGUAAGGAUUUGCAGGUAAAUUCAUCUGAAUUCAAUCACUUUUUGACAGCAUCCCUUUUGAUUUAAACAAAACUUUCCAUACAUGUUUACCCUUGGAAGAAGUGGUCAGAAAGUGACGUUUUGGACAUGAAGGCCAAAACAAUCAGGAGAUAAAGGUGCUCAAAGUUUACCUAUUUUGCAUACCCCACCACACCAUGAGAUAUUCAUGUCUUCAUCACUAGAAAAGAUAGUUAAGUUUGAAAUAGUUUAAAAGCUUACAAACAGUGUUGUCACCUAUUCUUAUUUAUUGGAGUGCAAAACAAUUUAAUAAAGAAAUUCAUUUUUAAAACUUU